UGCUGCAAAUGCCAAAGAUAGAGGCAAUAAGAAAAGCCAAGAAGAUGCAGGUUUUAUCAUUCGGAAACUAAAGAAGGAGAUAUCAGCCCUUAGUAUUAGAAACUGCUAUCUUCUAUCUUCAGUUUCAUGAGUUUGAUACAUAUAUGAGGUGCAUCCAUUUUCUUGUAUUCAAAUCAGUACUAUCAGUUGAUAUCUUGGAAUCUGGAUUCGUAAGUUCUUCCCAUGGUGUUACUGAGGAUAAAGGACAAGAAUUCAGAUAACUCUGGAGGCAAUGCUGCUAAUAAAUGUGACAUUGUAGAUGAAACAGAGUUUAGGGUUCACUUGAUCAAAUAGGACUUGAUAGCUUUAACUUACAUGAACAGUCAUCUGGUACCGCUUCUGUAAGCAUCUAUAUGCAAAGCGGAGAUGCUUUGGAUGAGAAAUCAGACGACGCAGAACUUGGUGAUUUCUUUUUGGAAGGCAGUUCAUUGGAUCAAGUCUUACCUCAUGAGAUAUUGGAAGAACAAAAGAGAGAAACUGUGAGAACUUUGUAGCGAGAAAAAUUUAGAGAAAAUGGAAGCGAUUUGGGAGAAGGGAGAUCCAAAAAGGAUUCCAAAGGCUGUCCUUCACCAACUUUGCCGAAGAUCAGGGUGGAUGCACCAAAAUAUGAUAAAAGUUCUUGGUACAGGGAGCAGUUCUGGUUACUCUAUCAGUGUGCUGCAGACAGCUAGAGGGAGGGGUAAAAGUAGAAUAGCUGGAGGGUUGACGACAGUUCAGCUUCCACAUCUGGAUGAAAUUCUGAAUACACCAGAGUAGUUCCCACCAAGUCCGACCGGGCCUGUUCACGAGGCGAGCAGGAAUCAUUUUCUAUAAAUGCCAUGUUAGUUAACUUGGUAAGUAAUUUCAGUGCUCGAUUGGUGCCCAACUCUUUAAUAAUUUAACCCUACAGUAUGUUGUCUCAAAAGUUUAUAUGCGACAUUCAUGGAAUCUAGAUAAGCAUAAUUAUUCUCCUAAUAGGUAUAAUCAUGCUAAUAGAAAUUACCCUAUUGUGAACAAGUCAAGUCCAACUCGCACCCAUCUCACAACUCGUGUAUCUUGUAGGCUUGCUUAAUGGUUGAGUGAAGUAACUUAAGGCCUAGAAAUUGAUAUGGAUGAUUAACUUAAUUAAUGAUUGACUACUAUAUUGAACUUGUUUUGUUUGAAUAUGUCUAGAGUAACAAUAGCAACUGGAGUUAUUCAAAAAAAAAAAAAAAAGCAACUAGAGGAAGAUCCUGUAUGGUACAUGGAUUAACAGAACCGAUUAAGCUAGGAAAUGGAAAAAUAUGGAUUCCAUUAAGGUGGUUGAUGGCUAAAGCAAUUAUGUGCACUAAAUUGUUACAUGCAUGUCAAUUACCUUUCUGUAAGUGUCUACUAUGUUGCAUAUUAAGUACUUGAACAAUUGCAUGUCACAAUUUAUAUUUUGAAUAAUGCAUCGGAACAAAUCAGACAAGGAUAAGUUGGGAAACAGAGGGGACGAAGCUCCAUCCCCCGAUGGACCAUUUUGCCAAUAUCUCUCUCGUUACACGUCCGAAUUGCAAGAUUCUUGGGCCCUUGGUUAUCUU